ACAUAUAAACACAACACAAGACAUCAUCAGAAAAAACCAGAUAAAAGGAAUGUAAAAGGUGUUACCAAAACCACGUACCAUAUGAUUAUGAACCAUCCCUAUCCAAAUCCAUGUAAUUAAUCAUGGGAUCCUUAAUUCUUCCAUAACUGCAUCUUUUUUCCUUAUGAAGCCAUUUCUCACUCUACAUCUACUAGUAUUUAAAGAGCCUAAGUUUGAUCAAAUAUUAAACCCAAAACCAAGUCCUUUGGUUUUUCUUCCUUGCAUACCCUUUGGCCUUCUUUUUGUUUUUCUUCCUCCAUGGAAUCCUCUAACUGGAUUCUGAAACAUGUAUCCCUUUUACUUGUUUUCUUCCUUAGCCACAGUUGUUCAUCUUCUGAGGCUUUCUCUCCCUCGCUUUUGGACCGUGUGGUUACCAACACCACACACCUGCACCGGAAUUUCACUGCUGUAUCACAAUUCAGAACCAUUAACAGACAAGUUUUGGAUGAUUGUUCUGCUUCAAGUCCCUCUCUUAAAGUCAACAUCUCCUCAAAUUCUAGCUUGUCAGAUGAAGAGUUUGUGACUGUCACAGUCUCUGGCGUUUCCGAUCCUUCAGAUGGCGAUUGGGUUGCUAUGAUCUCACCCUCCAAUUCUGAUGUGAAAACGUGUCAUCUGAACGAGGCAUUUUAUCUGCAAACUGGUGACACUGAUAAACUUCCUCUGCUUUGCCAUUACCCUGUCAAGGUAUGUUUUACUUUUCUUCUUUUUAAAUUCUUUUAAUGCUCCACAUCUGUU